UAGUCAGUACCCAGAGCCUUAUUGGCAAGUUUUCUCAUGCCGUGUUUUGGGACGAAUCCUGAUGUCCUGACACUUGAGUCCAGAUCUUUACAAAGUCUUUCGACGGAGACCAGCUAUGCUGAAUUUCAAUUGACCGAGUCUGCCUACCUCAAGCCUUGAAGACUUUCCACGAUUUUCCGUCGAAUUAUAUACUUUUCCCGUGUAGUUGUCAUAAGGAUGGUGCUCGACACAACAAUUGGCUACCUGGUGCGAGACGAUGUUUUCAAGACCGAGAAGGCGUUCGACACGGAUUUCCCCGUGUCACACGUGGCCGGAGCACGCCGAACAAACUUACAGACAGAAGCGAGAAAAGUAACGGUGCAAGAGAUCACGGAUUCAUCUCAGUGGGACUUGGAUGUCCACGGAUUCUGUGUGCUUCGCGCCGAGACCAAGCUUGAUCCCAAGGAAGCUUGGGAACGCAAGAGGGAGGUUCAGAAGUCGUAUUGGGACCAGAUCGAACGCUUGCUCGAGAAGAGGUUUCCGCAGUACUCGCGAAUCGAGUCUUAUGACCUGACCCUACGAAGCAGAGACGAAGAUUUUCCCAAAAAUGCUCGGGUCUACGUUGACUCCCACGAGCAGCCGGCGACCAUGCCCCACACUGAUGUGUCUUCUGCUGGAGCGUUGACCGAGUUGAUGCACGUCUUUCCCGGACAGAGGGAAUACGUGGAGGGCAAAGACUACGAUAUUAUCAAUGUCUGGAGGCCAUUGAUUGGCCCAAACGAUGACUGGCCAUUGGCCAUCUGUGACUGGACAACCAUCGAUUCACAGAACGAUAUUCUUGUCAACGAUGGAAUCAGGCGAGACAGAGUGGAUGAGAACUGUUUGCUUCACUAUAAUGAAGCACACAGAUGGUACUAUAUUAAGGAUCAAACAACGGAGGACCUCUUGGUCUUCCGAAACGUCGAUUCAUCUGGGUGUCGGGCACGAGGAUUCCAUUGCUCUGUUUUCAAUCCUUCUGCAAAAGGCCCUCCUCGCCAAAGCAUCGAAGCGAGACUUGUGGCUUUCAGAGACUUGGAGUAAUGGCCGGGGAUGUAUAUGGAAGGCCUUGUAUCGUCAGUUCUCAAUUCGGUAUCUAUUUUCUUAUCCAAUCAUGCAUUGCCACAGUGAAGCACAAUACGGAUGCGGGAUAGCGUAGACGCCUUACCGCACCCUUCUUGGGCGUGGAUUACUCACGACGGCCAUCUUGUGACUGACUGGGGAAAGGGUGGCGCUGCAACUAGCCAUUCAGUUCCUUCAAAGAUGCCCCGAGGCAAUACAGUGUCUAUGCACUGUGAUUUCGGUUAUUUUGUGCGGCUGAAUUUGAGACUUUUUCGGACCCCAAAGGCAGAUCAUCUGUUACACGGCAUUCCAAGUGGUGGUCAGCCAGGCCUGCCAGGCUGCCAGGCAGCUGCCAGGCCGAUAGAGUGCCUUGAGUAGGGGCCGAUCAUUGCCACAAAAAGAAACCGGUGAGCUGCCCACUACUUUUAUCUAGCUUUUGCCUGCUACAUGGCUGUCUGCAACUCUUGUCUCCGUGGGUUGGAAAUUGCCAGCCUGCUUAGGCUCCCUUCCUAGCCGACCUGCUGGAUGAAUCUGUGUAUAUCCCCCCUCUGCACACUCUCUUGUCUGUUAACUUGUACAGAACUUCCUAAAGCUCGUGCAAAUACUCCAAUAUGCCUGCCAUUAUUCCUGGGUUUCCCCGCAGUCUUGAUCGGGCAGACUAUUGUCUGUCCAACCAGUCUGCAGAUGUGGAAUUGCCCACAGCGCCUCAAGCAGUACCGAAGACAAUCAACGUGGCGUCCAAGAAUAUUAUGAACCAGAAUGUUCCUUCCAAGCACGCGCAAGACGGUGUGGCGGCUGGUGUUACUAGGAAAGAUAAGGAAGGACCACGACGCGGUUCCACUGCCUCGUGAGCCAUGUUUUAUGGUACGACCGGCAGAAAGUUAUGAAUUGGUGUGUUUCAUGAUGAUUUACGCCAAACAUAUCCAGACCGUAAGACUUGUGGUCUGGACUGAGUCUACAAGGUCAGCAAUACAAGAUCCUGUGCAGAUACUGUUCGCAUGUGGAGUUCAUAUCGUACUCUAGGACCGACAUUGGUCAACUUGAACAAUUGAAUUCAUGGAAAAGUCUUUGGUAUGAACUAAGCAACCUCUUCACGGCGAAUUUGUGGGAGCAGUCUGGAUUCGCCGUAUGCUCAAAGCACACGUUGGUGCCCUGGGGUGUAACUGUUAGCAGGGUCCCUCUUCCACAUGCCCAAAUAAAAACUCUUCCAUGCAGCGUGUCUCUGGAUACCAAGCCGCUGUGGGCUCCCUGUCUGCCAUUUCGGGCCACUUCCCGCGGUCAAGUGGGCUGUUCGGUCUGUUGAAGGGACAUGAGGAGUGGUUGCACGAUUAUUAUUCCCAGAGCUCCCCAAGAAAGAAAUUACUUUCAAAUUGGAUCGGGCUCCUGGUCCCAGAUGAAAGAUCCCCGGAUGUGACUCUGAUAGAAUGACUCCAAACCUCGGAAUGUCACACCGUGGGGCACCCACCUCCGGGCACAUGCACCAUCGGGCAGCACAAAUUUCCUAAUACCCACACAAACUCUCCAACUUCACUUACACAUUACGAAAUCCAAUCACUUUACACACUAUCGAG